AGAAACCAAAGGGAGAAAGGGUCACGUGAUUAGUUUAUCGGUUAAGCCGGAGGCCUCGAGAGGAAGAGUCACCUCGCAUACAUUUCCUUCCCAACCACCGCCCCCCACGUACGAACCCAAAACGCAAACUCGCUUUCCCCAAUCGCAGCCGCGCCGACGGUUUUCUCCUCCGCAUCCGUCAGAUCCGCUCGCUCGCUUCUUCUCAGGUGCGUUCACCCUACUCCAUGGCGGCGGCGCUUGCAGUGACGGACGAGGUGGCGCUGCCGAUCCGGGCGGUGGGGGAUCUGGCGGCCGCAGCUGAGGUCUCGCGGGAGGAGGUGGCGGUCAUCACCCAGUGCGAGUUGCUUGGUGGUAAGCUGCCUUUUGAUGAUGCAUCUGUUGGUGCUGUUCUUGCGGUCAUUAAAAACGCGGAAAGCUUGAGGGACCAGUUGGUUGCUGAAAUUAGUCGGGUACUAAAAGCUGGGGGAAGAGUACUGGUGCAGAGUUCUGCACCCUCCUCCAGUCAGAAGCCGAAUACCGAUAUUGAGCGCAAGUUACUGAUGGGAGGAUUUGUUGAAGUGCAAGCUUCUGCUGCAAGCACGAAGGACAGUGUGCAAUCAGUUACUAUUAAGGCAAAGAAGGCCACCUGGAGCACAGGUUCUUCUUUCCCCCUUAAGAAAGCAACAAAGGCCCUUCCUAAGAUUCAAAUUGAUGAUGACUCUGAACUGAUUGAUGAGGACAGCCUCUUGACUGAGGAGGACCUGAAGAAACCACAACUUCCAGUUGUUGGGGAUUGUGAAGUGGGGGCAACAAGGAAGGCAUGCAAGAACUGUACUUGUGGUAGGGCUGAGGCUGAGGAGAAGGUGGAGAAGCUAGAGCUCACGGCUGAGCAGAUCAAUAAUCCUCAGUCGGCUUGUGGCAGUUGUGGAUUGGGCGACGCGUUUCGAUGUGGUACCUGUCCAUACAGAGGCCUCCCACCAUUCAAGCCUGGGGAGAAGGUUUCCUUGUCUGGCAACUUCCUUGCCGCUGACAUAUGAUGGUAUCAGAUAGUGGACAUCGGCAACAGCAGGAGAUAGGAACUGCCUUCAAUUUGUUCUUUCGUUUGGACGUUCCAUUGUUGGUUUAAGUAUGAGUGAUUCUCACAGGAAGGAUAAAAACUGCGGUUGAAGUAGGUCCUGUUUAGCCUAUGCGUGUGUGGCGGCUCGUCUCUGGGUCUCUUUGGGAAUAUACUUGUAUUGAUUGUUUGAUACAGAAAACGUUGAUGGCCUAUCUUUUUCUCUCUCAA